AUGCCUUCUUCAGGCCAGUUCCUGGCUUCAAGCAGUGCAGUUCUCCUCUUUGCUCUUCUGAUAUUGCCAGUGUCUUCUGCGGCCCUGCAGGCCUAUGAUCACCCUUCUUCUGUCUGCACAAUCUCUGAUCAGGUAUAUGUGAAUAUGCCUAGAUUCUCUAUCAAUGGUCCUCGCGCUGUGGCGCAUUUCCACAAUCUCAUUGUCAAUGAGAGAUGA